AUGACUUUCCGUUUGCCUGGUUUUGGAAGCUUCUCCAAACUUUGGAAGAACAACCCAUACCUUGGGUUAGCCUCAGGAAAUUCGCAUCUCUCUCACUUUCUCAUGAACUACUGUGCCAUCAAGAACCAACAGAGGUGGUUGUCUCUUACAACCCUGUCUCUACAGAAUACCAAAGCAAUGGAUCUACUGACUGCCAAGACCAGAUAUUAUAGGAAAAACGUUGAAGGAAGUAAUAAAGUUUCUUCUGAUUCUUCUCAUUUUUUUGCUGCUGGAGCAGCUAAGAAGAGAGCACAGAUGAAUCCUCAGAGUAAAGAUCCUAUCUCACCCCCUCUGAGGAACACUAUUCAACUCCCAACAAAACCUUUGAAUUCAGAAGAGUGGGAUAAACUUAAGGGAGAUUUCAAAGGAAAGGCCAGUUUUGAAAAUUGGAUCAGCUCACAAUUAACUCACUGCCAUAGCCCUGUAGAUGUGGCCAAAUCUCUUCUGGCAUGGGUAGCUUCAAAAAACAAUGGUAUUGUAAGUUAUGAAUUACUGGUCAAAUAUUUGUGUCUCUGUGUCUUUCAUAAACAGACAACAGAAAUUAUUGACGUCUAUGAAAUCAUGAAAGCCAGAUACAAACGUUUAGAACCAGGGGGUUACACUCUUCUCAUCCGAGGAUUAAUCCAUUCAGAUAGAUGGAGAGAGGCCUUGCUGCUAUUAGAAGAUAUCAAAAAAGUCACGAUCCCUUCAAAAAAGAACUACGAUGACUGUAUCCAGGGAGCUCUCCUUCAUCAAGAUGUAAAUACAGCUUGGAAUCUGUACCAGGAAUUGCUAGGUCAUGAUCUUACUCCUAUGAUGGAAACCUUAAAAGCCUUCUUUGAUUUUGGAAAAGGUCUAAAAGACGAUCAAUAUACAAACAAACUACUAGACAUUCUUUUGUAUCUAAGAAAUAAUCAGCUAUAUCCUGGGGAGUCAUUUGCACAUUGUAUAAAAACUUGGUUUGAAAGUAUUCCUGGAGAACAAUGGAAAGGAGAAUUCACCACAAUCCAGAAAAGUGGCCAGUGUCUGGGCUGUGGAAAAACCACAGAGUCUAUUCACCUGACUCUAGAAGAGUAUGAAUUACUCAAGGAAAACAUCAUGAGAAAUGUGAUAGAUGGAGGUGACCAAUACAAAAAGACGACACCUGAGGAACUUGAGAGAUUUCAGAACUUUGUAAAGUCCUGUGCUCCUUUUGAUAUUGUCAUCGAUGGACUCAAUGUUGCCAAAAUGUUUCCUAAAGCUCGUGAAUCGCAAGUUCUCUUGGAUGUGGUCUCUCAGCUAGCCAAGCAGAAUCAACAACUUCUGGUCCUGGGCCGGAAGCACAUGCUAAAGCCAUGUUCUCGGUGGAGAAAGGAUGAAAUGGAAAAGGUGCAAAAGCAAGCAAGCUGCUUCUUUGCUGACAACAUCUCAAAGGAUGACCCGUUCCUUCUGUACGCCACUCUGCACUCUGGGAACCACUGCAAGUUUAUCACAAAUGACCUGAUGCGGGACCACAAAGCUUGUCUGCCCGAUGCCAAGACCCAGCGCCUCUUCUUUAAAUGGCAGCAAGGACAUCAGCUGGCAAUUAUUAGUAGGUUUCCAGGGUCAAAGUUAACCUUUCAGAGUAUUCUCAGCUAUGAUACAGUGGUGCAAACAACUGGAGACUCGUGGCAUAUACCAUAUGAUGAAGACCUGGUGGAAAGAUACUCCUAUGAAGUGCCAACCAAAUGGCUUUGCCUUCACCGAAAGACAUAA